AUGAAGAGGAAGCGCAGCGCGAGCGACGCCGCCGGCCGGCCGCGCGACACCACCGCCACGCCGCCCGCCACGCACCCCGUCCUCCAGCGCUUCUAUCCCCAGGUGCUGACCCUCCGCCGGUUCCUGCUGUCGAAGCUGGCCCGCGCCUCGACCCGCAAGCGGCGCCGCAUCGCACAGCUCGGCCUGGGGCGCGAACCAACCGCCGCCCCUGGUGCCGUGGCCGCCGAUGAUCUGCGAAUCCUCCUGGACAACACCUGGGUCGGCGCCGCCCACCACACGGCCCCCGCCGAGCUUGUCGAUCUCGAGAAGGACCUCGAGAUAUUCUCCCAGCAGCUGCCCUCGAGCAGCAGCCCGGGCGACGUCUGCCCCGAGCUCCAGUCCGAGAUCGUCGACUUUGUCAUCCGAUCACUGUUCAGGAAGCAUCCCGGCCUGCAUCGGCCGCCUCACGUACUCUGUCACGGGUACGAGCGGGCAUCAUGCCCGGAUCACGGCCCCGGCCCGCCGGAUGCGCCCCCCACCAUGUCCGGCAUCGUGAGCCGCCAUCCCAACAGUCACGUCAAAGCUGUCAAGGGUCCCGCGUGGUCCGCGCUGCUGGUUGCGCUAGGCCACGGCGGCGACCGAGUCAUGAUGGAGCUGCUGAUGAACUGUGGAGUUUUUGCUUCCCUGAACGGUCCGAGUGGAACCUGCUAUCAGCUGAGUGGAAAGCCGUUGGCAGACCUCGAGCCCGUCUUCCCGCUGCAGAAUAGCUCUGCGCAUGAAGUUUCUAUCCCUGCUCCGGGGCCUGAACGGCCAGGGGACAGGGGUUCAGAUAGCCUCACAGCAAUCGCCUUUGUCAGAAGCCGCAUGCUUUACGCGAGAGCCGCCCUCAACGCAAAGGGUGAAGUGCGUUUCGGCCUCCGUCAUAUCCAUGUUCUCAAUCGUCUGUCGGAUCAUACAUCCUUGAAGCAAACGAUCCAUGUCUUGAGAUACAUUUUCCCCCGUCAAUUCGGCUUGCACAACGUGUUCACUUGCAAGACGGACUUUCGGGAGACGUCUCAACCAUUCAAGGAUUACACAUUGCAUAGCGGUCUGCAGCAGGUCUGCUUCACCGAUAUGGCGACUCCAGAACAUCAAGUUGAAGCCUUCUGUCGUGCUGUCAUGAAAAAGGUCGUACCCAAACGUCUAUGGGGCGAAGGCGAGACCCAGGCGCACAACAGCCACGUGUUCUUGGCUCAAGUCGGGCGAUUUGUGCGUCUUCGCCGCUUUGAAACCCUAACACUCCAUGAGGUGAUGCAAGAUAUGAAGAUUGCCGAUGUCGCCUGGCUUCGGCCCCCGAACGUUCGUCCAGGACAUAAGAUGGCACAGUCAGACUACAACAAAAGGCGAGAGCUGUUCGCAGAGCUUAUCUACUAUCUAUUCGACUCCUUCCUCAUCCUCCUUAUCCGCACCAACUUCCACGUAACGGAAUCAAAUGCCGAUAAAAAUCGGCUAUACUAUUUUCGCCACGACGUAUGGAGAAAACUGACGGAACCCGCACUUACACACUUGAAGACGACCAUGUUCGAGGAAAUGAAGACCGACCAGGCCACCAGGAUCCUAGCCUCACGUCAGCUUGGCUACAGCCAGGUCCGGCUUUUGCCCAAGAAAAUCGGAGCACGGCCGAUAACAAACCUCAGGCGGCGGACGCAAAUCAUGGUAAAUGGGAGGUCGGUCCUAGGAAGAAGCAUUAACACGGUGAUGAAGCCGGUCUUCAACGUCCUCAAUUGGGAGAAGCUCACCCAGCCCGAAAGGCUCGGUUCAUCCCUCUUUUCUGUCGGCGAUAUGCAUUCUCGGCUCAAGGCAUUCCGCUCGGCUUUGGAACAACGCGGCCUCAUGGAAAAGCCACUUUACUUUGUAAAGGUCGACGUAAAAUCUUGCUUCGACACAAUCCCGCAGAAACGGCUGUUGGAUAUCGUCAGAAGUCUUCUAAGUCUGGACGAAUACCGCGUCAAGAGGCAUGUCGAAGUUAACACAACGGUCCCGUGCCGCUACUCGAGCAGCAUCACGUCUGCUGCGAAGCCGGUCAAGAAGUACCUUGCGCAGGCAAGAGGGUCUGGUGACCAGCGCGACUUUGCAGAGUUUCUGCAGGCGCAGCUAAGGAUCAAGUCCCGCAAUGCAGUGUUUGUCGACUCUGUUGUUGAGCAACGACAGAGCAAGGAAGAAGUGAUGAAGCUCCUGACAGAGCACGUCGAGCGCAACAUGAUCAAGAUUGGCAAGAAAUUUUACAGACAAAAGACAGGCAUCCCCCAAGGCUCCGUGCUCUCCAGCCUGCUGUGCAGUUUCUUCUACGCAGAACUGGAAGCGGAUCUUCUCGACUUUUUGACGGCCGACACAAGCGUCCUGCUCCGCUUGAUCGACGACUCGUUGUUGAUCACGACAGAGCGAAACCACGCCGAACAGUUCCUGCGCCUCAUGCACGAGGGCAAUGAGGAUUACGGCAUCGGAAUCAAGAGAGACAAGACGCUACUAAACUUCAGCUGCACCGUGGACGGCACCGACGUGUCCCGACUGCCAUCUCUGACGGACUUUCCGUAUUGCGGGACGCUGAUCAACACCGGGGACCUGAACAUCAGAAAAGACCUCCGACCAAAGGCUCCGCGAGAAUUACGUGACGGUCUAACGGUAGAAUUUUCAAAGCUCCCAGGGCAGACAUUCCAUCGAAAGACGCUGAAUGCUCUGAAGAUCCAACUGCACGGAAUGCUUCUCGACACUUCGUUCAAUCAGGAGCGGACGGUUCUUGGCAACCUCUACGGAUGUUUCGCCGAGGCAGCGCGGAAGUGUUUCCACUACCUCCAGUGUCUGCCAGCGCGGAAGCACAGGAGCGACAGGCUUCUCAUCAAGACAGUCCACGACGUCGCGGCGCUGGCGUCGGCCACGAUGCGGCGCAAGAGGGAGCGUGGGAGGUGGCAGGGCUACCGGUGCGAGGUUAGCCGACGUCAUACACAAUGGCUCUGCUACCGCGCCUUCCAGUCGGUGUUUCAGCGCAAGCAGACCAAGCACGCGGGGCUCCUGCGAUGGCUGGCGGCACACGGUGCGGCCGCCAGGCCGCGGGGGGCUUGGGGGCUUGUCAGCGCAUGA